CCUCGCCAGAAACCCUUCCCUACACUACGGAGUCCCCCCAUUGCCCCACCCUCCCUUGCCUCACCCUCCCUUGCCCCCUGUGAUACCAACAGCGAUUGCAUUCGGACAGCAUGUUGGAUGGAAAAGGCUGCUCAGGCAAAUAUUUAGCUAGAGAAAAAAUGAAUUGGUCAUUACGUGUGCGAAAUAUUAUUUAGGCUAUUCCGGUUUACAAAGACGGCAUUCUAAUGCAAGAGAAAGUAUUGAUGGUGUAAUAGCUACAGUGGAUGGAUAUUGUUAGCUUGAAUGGUUGGCUAGCUAGCUAAACAUCGGGACUACUAAAUCAACAUUGCAUUGUAGCCGAUCGGAUAUUUCCACGUUCCAUAAUGUAAUGUCAAGUGGAUUGCAACGUUACAUUGAUGUCGAUGUGUCAUUGAUUGAACUGAACGAGAGAGGGAAUGUAUCCGGAUACAACCACAGAGACGAGUAGAGGAAUUUGAAUCGACAUAAUCCAUCUGCAGCAGGGGCAUCGGGACGGAUGAUGAUGAUGGCUUCGUGGCGAUGGACAGCAGCUCUCAUCUGUUUACAGUGGGAGGUCAAGGUGUCAGCAGUAGCCUACCUUCCCCGAGGCCCCCUCUUGAAGAGAGGUGAUACCGUCACCCUGCUCUGCAACGUAUCCGUGGUAACCACCGGCCCUGCACAGGUGGCGGUCCAAUGGCUGCAGAGGGCGGUCCUCCCGGCCCAGGAGGGUGGGGCUACAGCAGGGGGCGUGGUCAUAGAGAAGGGUGGGGACAAGCCGUCAGUAGAGGAGAAGGGGAGGGUGUUAGCCUCUCUUACCUAUGAGGGCCUGUCCAGGCCAAAUAAGAACCACAGCUCUGAGGUCAGUAUGGACCGGGUGUCUCUAGGCACCUACAGGCUGAGGAUCUUCUCUGCCCAGGACCAGGACCAGGGCCUGUUUGUCUGCCAGGCUGAGGUGUGGGGACAAGACCCCCGUGGAGGAUGGUACAACACCAGGGCCAAGGCCCAGUCGGAGGGUGUCAGGGUCUACCUGUACGCCAGAGCGGCCGACCUGCUCCUCAUCCCCUUGGUUGUGGGCAUGUCCUCUGCCUUGUUUGUGGGCGUGGUCAUCAUCGCCACGGUAACCUGUUGCUUCAUGAAUCGAUUGGCUAGGCAGCGCUCCCCGAAAUAGGAAGUAGGAAGUCACGACAACGUAGAAGUUCACUGAAGGGUGAUCGACGAAGAGGUUAAUUAAAAAAAAAGACCACAAAAAAAAAUAAAUAAAGAACUAGUGGACUUUAAAAAGUUUAAAAAAGAAAUUGGAACUCUCAGACCUACACGAUGUCCACAUAGAGAUUUAAAUAUACUAUGUAACAAAGAGUCUAAUCUGGGACGGUGACCAAGAGAAGACACCAGCACUACUGCUCCUACCUGUCAUACAGACCUUUGAUUGUUUCACAUGGUACCAAACCAUUUCCACUUGUUCAUAAUAUGUUGCGUCCAGCUUGUUUCUGUUAUAUAAACUCACCGAAUGAACCCAUUUUUCAGACUUCCAUAAGCAGACCUAACCAAACAGCUGGCUCUUACUCAGCACGGUUCCUACAACAAUGAUGGAUGUGUAUCUAGGCCAGCAACAGAACAGCUUGGUUUGGCUCAGUAGUGUACAAAGCCAUUUAGGUGUUUGAUAUGUCAAAACCAUCCGAAAUGGACAAUGCU